UUUCUGACAAACUGAGAAGGAUUGGAAUGAUUAGGAGGUUCGGUCAGUUUGAUAUCGAAGCACUUAGAAAGGAAAGAAAAUUAAGAAAUGAUCCAUUGGUAUUAGCCAUGUUUAACUAAGGCACCAUUUUAAGUUUUCAACCCUAGCUGCAAGUUGUCCUGUUUAGUCACAACAGACAACAUGUGUCCAUGAAGAUGUUGAUCAACUUAAUUGUGUUUCCUCCUUUCUCUUGCAACUGUUUUUACUUUUGUUAGACCAUCGUCAUAAUUAAUAAAUCAACCUAGAUUAUUUCAUGUUUAAGGAUAUUUACAAUCAAUUUACAAAACACCAUUAAUCAAUUCUGUGUGUUUUUAUCUUGCCUUUUCCCUUUGUUUCCGUUACCCUUUUUUUGGACUUUUUUGAAUGUUGCUUCUAGUUUCAAUUUGAAUUUUGUGUUGGUCCUAUUUACUGUAAACCACAAAAAUUCAAAUUUUAUUUGUUAUCAAAAACUAGAGAUCGUGUAGAGACGGCAAAUCAUUAAAUUGUUUUGUUUUGUUGUGUCUUGGUUCCUAGUUUUAUUUCAUCUUUUAUUUAGACUUUUUAUGAAUUCUUUUUUUCAAAUCCAACUGUAAUGGUGUCUUUUGAUCCUAACAAUAAUCCAUCUGGUCAACCUAAUCAUCCAGUCAUCGCAAUCAGUACAACAUGUGAAACAAGUGAUUCAGUUAAAACUAAAUUGGCCAUUCGUGGUCGUAACCUUUGCUUAACUUAUGGAUCAGGUGAUAAGGCUACUUAUGUCUUGAAUAAUUUAUCCAUAUCAGUUCCUGCUGGUGGCAUCUAUGGAUUACUUGGACCUUCCGGGUGUGGUAAAACUUCGCUACUUAAAAUAAUUUCGGGACUUACAGCUCCUGAUAGUGGAACUGUCCGGGUUUUCGGCUCUAAACCAGGUGAACGGGUUAGUGGUGUACCCGGACCUGGAAUAGGUUACAUGCCACAGGAUAUUGCUCUGAUUCCAGAUUUAACAGUAGAAGAAAUGUUAGCCUAUUUUGGUAAUUUGUACUUUCUUCCUGCUCCAGUUAUACGCAAACAGAUCAACGAUCUCGUAAAUUUAUUGGAAAUUCCAGAUAAAAAGCGACCCAUUGAGAAUAUGAGUGGUGGACAACAGCGACGUUUAUCACUGGCAUGUACAAUUAUCCAUAAACCUCGACUAGUGAUUCUCGAUGAACCAACGGUUGGUGUUGAUCCUCUAUUGUGUGAAAGAAUCUGGAAACUUCUUUAUAGCAUGGCUCGUGAAGAAUCAAUGACCAUCAUUGUAACAACUCAUUAUAUCGAAGAAUGUCGUAAGGCUAAGAUGGUUGGUUUCAUGAGAAAAGGAGAAAUCCUGGAAGAAGACGAACCAGAAUCUUUGAUCAAUCGGUUUUCAGCUGACAAUCUGGAAGAUGUUUUCUACAAAAUUUGUUUGAAUCAGAAACGUCGCAACACCAUGUGUUUACCAACAUUUAAUAAACAACGUAAAUCAAUUGCUUCAGUUGUUGUUGAUGAUUCCCAUUUAGAUAAAGUAGAACCCUUCAAAUCACCUCAAGAUAAUCGUCCAAUUUAUUCUCGUUUUUGGCCAAUAUGGACACUUUAUAAGCGAUAUUUGGUUCAAAUUCUGAGACAACCCAUAUUCUUGUUGAUUCUUUUCAUGUUUCCAAUAACUUCUCUUGGAUUACUGUUCGUUUGUCUUGGACACUCACCAAAAGAUUUACCAAUAGGAUGGGUUGUUGAGGAAACUCCUGAAUACGGACUAUUCCAUGCAAGACCCGAGGAAUUUGAUCAAGCGUUUACUAAAUAUCAGAUACCAUUUUACCCAGACUUGUUGCGAAGUAAAUUGGACCCAAAGACAUUAAAUAUAAUUCCUUACGAUAGUUUAGAUGCUGGUUUAACUGAUGUAAGACGCGCAAAAUUGGAUAGUGUUGUUUAUAUGAGUAGAGGAUUCUCAGAAGCAUUCCAUGAGAGAAUCAAUUAUUUAAGUGCCAAUGACAUUGACGAUGAUACAAUUAAAAGAGGUACAAUAAAUGUUUAUGGAGAUUUAACAGAUGCUUUCGCUAUGACCACACUUCAACUCAGCCUCCAACUGUCAUUGCUCAAUGUUAUGAAUGAAACAGCUCCUGCAGCUAACCUGCCAUACUACGCUCGUACCCUGCCUUUUCAAAUCGGUACUCCAAUCUAUGGUAGUUUAGGUGACACAGAAAGUUUUGGACUGCAAGAUUAUGCUGCUCCGGGUUUCAUGGUCGUUAUCCUUUACAGUUGCUCUUUAGGUUUAUCAGCUUUAGGUUUGGCAGCUGAAGUUGCUGACAAAAUGUUUGAUCGUAACUAUUCGACCGGAAUUACCAUUGGUCAACUAUUAAUUGCUCAAGUUGCUGCCCGUUUCACAUAUUUGUCGCUCAAUUGUGCUUUUGUUUUCAUUGUAGUUAUUUAUGUCUUUAAAAUCAAAUGUUAUGGUUCCUUCUGGAUCGGAUUGGCUUUAUUGCUUCUCCAAACAUUGGUGGGCCAAACGAAUGGAAUGGUUUUCGCUGCCAUUUUCCCUGCUAUUCAACAUUUGGCUUUUGUCGCACUUGGUUCACUUCUUUACAUGCUCUUUAUUUCUGGAGUUUUCUGGCCGGUUGAAGCUCUACCAUAUUAUUUCCGUUAUUUGUCGAGUUCACUUCCAUUCACUGAACCCGCCAAAGCAUUGAGAAGCCUAAUGAUUAAGGAAGGAGCUCCAUUUCAUCCUUUAAUAUGGCCUGGACUGGUUGUUUCCACCGGUUGGUUUUUCAUGCUUUUGGCUUUAUCCUAUUUUAUUUUCAAAAUCAAGUUUAAUCGAUCUUGAAGUGAUAAAUUAUACUUUUAAAUAUGAACUAAAUUAAGUAAAAUCUGGAAUGAAAUUGCUGUUGAAAAUAGCAAUCAAAUUCACUAAGCAUCACUAUUGAUUAAUGGCCUCCAAGUUUUAGUGUUUUCCGUUUUUAAGUGUUUCGAUUCAAUUUCGAUCAAUUUUAAUUCACGCUGUUUCGUACAGCAUCGCAAUAAAAUUUUUACAACUUAUCAA